AUGGCAGAUAUGAGUCUGUAUAGUGCAAUUAGAGACGCUCCCAUCAGAUUUAAUCACAAGAUAAAUCUGAUCGCCGAAAGAGACAGACUCCUUGUGGAAUUGUUGAUCAACCAACACCUCUCAUAUGCUGGUCAUGGGCAAUCGGGUGCUGCCUGGGAUGAAAUCCUCAAAAAGAUCAAUGAUGCCGGAGGUAAAGGCAACAAAAUUGGUGUCUCAACACUCAAGCAGAGACACAAGAAUCUGGUCAAGCAGUUCAAAGCAAGACAGGCCCAAGAACAAAAAAUGACAGGGUCAAACAAGAGCUACUCUGAUCUCAAUCAGCUUCUCUUUCAGCUUGUUGAAUCGUUUUUAAAGGAGACUGAAGGAGAUCGGGGCAAGACUAUGAAAAAGCAAUUGGCUUUCGAGGAAGAAGUUCAGAAGUAG